AGUAUCGACACACAGGCGGCAGAGGUGGACACGCAUACGGUGUUUCUCGAUGACAGAACUAACGUAAACAUACUGUUUCUGUCUCUUUUUCACCCAAACGCACAGUCAGUCCCGCUCUCGGGAAGCCCGGAGACCAAGAAUGACUGACGGAGGAAUGUUAAUCUCACCGUCGGCUCUCCAGGAUCCCGGAGAUGGAGCGCGACCUGAAGACAUCGCUAUGGAUUGUACGGACGGGGAAGAGGAAUUGUGCUUGGAGGAGAUUUUAACACUGUACAGUCAACCGAUCAACGAGGAGCAAGCCUGGGCCGUGUGUUAUCAGUGCUGCAGGUGGUUAACGCAAAAACACAGGCGGAAAGAGACAGGCGUGAGUCCACCUGGACGGAUUGCGGGUCCUGGAGAUGUGAGGAUCCGGAAGGACGGGAAUGUGAAAUUAUAUCAGCCGAGCAAUCCAGAUAAGCACACACCGCCCAGCUCAUCAAUAGAGAUCAUCGAGUCUCUGGGCAUCAUGAUCUAUAAGGCUCUGGAUUAUGGCCUGAAGGAGCAUGAGGAGAGAGAACUGAGUCCUCCUCUGGAGCAACUUAUCGACCUCAUGACCAACAUGGCGGACACAGAAACAGACUGUCCUGAUGAGGGAUACGAGGCCACGGAGGAGGAGGAUGAGGGAGAAGAAGAGAACGCUGAAGUCUCCAAUGUUCGAGGAUACCGGGACAUAAUUUCUCUCUGUUUGUCUCACCUUCCCAGUCCAUCUGAUGCUCCAAACCACUACCAGGCCGUGUGUCGAGCCCUGUACGCUGAGACCAAGGAGCUCCGCACUUUCCUGGAGAAGAUCAAGAGUGCCAAAGAGAAUUUGCGGAAGAUGGAAGGAGAAACAGAGGAGCCCGUCAGAGACCUGAAUGAGCUGCAGAAUGCUGACUGGGCUCGGUUUUGGGUGCAGGUGAUGAGGGACCUGAGGCACGGCGUGAAGCUGAAGAAGGUGCAGGAGCGUCAGUAUAACCCUCUAGCCAUCGAGUACCAGCUCACGCCUUACGAGAUGCUCAUGGAUGACAUUCGAUCCAAACGCUACAAACUCCGCAAGGUCAUGGUUAAUGGUGACAUUCCUCCGAGGUUAAAGAAAAGUGCUCACGAGAUCAUCCUGGAGUUCAUUCGAUCGAGGCCUCCAUUAAAUCCUGUUUCUGCUCGUAAACUGAAGCCUCAUGCUCCUCAACCUCCGACUCUCCAUGAGCGUAUCCUUGAGGAGAUCCGAUCAGAGAGAAAGCUUAGGCCCGUGUCUCCUGAUAUGAUCCGCAGGAGUCGACUCGGCGCAGGCAAAAGUAUAAGCACUCCACAGGACUUGUUCAGAAGCUCAGAUAUCCCAGAUGGACCUCGCAAGUUGGCCAUCAGCACACUAUCUCUGGCUAACGGCACGUCACCGGCUCGAAGUCCUGUGAACGGUGUAGCCGGAGGGCAUUCACUGUCCCAGAGGAAAAGGUUACUCAAAGCACCUACACUAGCCGAACUGGACAGCUCUGACUCUGAGGAGGAGCAAAGCACCCGCAAAUCUGACAGCAGCUCCAGCAUAUCCACCUCACUGGUUGAGGACACGUCUCCAGAGUCUGUCAUGGGCAAAAAACCUCCACCUCAGUUCCUGCCCAUUUCUUCCACACCUCAGCCUGACAAACGCAUUGCUCCUCAGAGGAGACACUCUAUUGAGAAAGAGGCUCCCACCAACAUACGCCACUUCCUGCCUCCAUCUCGACAGAACUCCAAAUCUCUGGCUCACGCACUAGGCAGCGGUCAUGCGGAGGAGUUCUGCUUCCCUGUCGAGUGUUUGACUCUGACCGUGGAGGAGGUGAUGCACAUCAGACAGGUUCUUGUCAAAGCCGAACUGGAGAAGUUCCAGCAGUAUAAAGACAUUUAUAAUGCACUGAAGAAAGGAAAGCUUUGCUUCUCAUGUCGGUCGAAGAAGUUCUCAUUAUUUACCUGGUCCUACACCUGUCAGUUCUGUAAGAGGCCGGUUUGCUCACAGUGCUGCAAGAAGAUGAAAUUGCCCUCCAAGCCUCACGCCAGCCUGCCCAUCUCCUCUUUGGGUCCCAGUAUCCUGCCCAAAAAAGAGCCCGGAGCAUCAUCAGCCCCGACAGAUAAAACCUCCUCCACAUCCAGCCACAAGAAAAACAGCCUUCAGCGCUCAUUGUCUAGAUCAUCAAAACACGGCGAUCGCUCGUCUUCUAAAGACGAGCUGGAGCUUCCGGAGCAGUUCACCGAGGACUGGAGCACCAUGGAGGUCUGCGUGGACUGCAAAAAAUUCAUCAACGACACACACACACUGUAGUGGUGUACAGGCCUGUUGACAUGCUUUUCUGUUUUGUGCAAAACUGACUGUACUGCCUUUCUCUACAGAAUGAUUGGUGUGCAUGAUGAAAUAGAUUUUUUAAAAUAAGAACAGAAUUGCCAAUAAAUAAAGCAUUUGAAAUUUGA